CAUGAGUGGGUGGGGCUUCUGCUCACCUGGCCAGGUGAGAAGAUCUCAGUAAAGCUGUCUUUUAUCUUGUAUUCUAUGUCUGUCUGUCCUGGCUCUGUGUAGCCUUCUGGACACCCCUUUCUCAUCACCUCCCCAUGAAGCUGCCCCCAGAGCUAUGGAGUGAGGGGUUACAGAAGAGGGAAUCCCCUGGGGGAGAAAUGCAGCCGAGCCAAACAGCUGGGGGAGGAAGAGAGGAGGAGACUGCAAGUUCCACCACUGCACAGGAUUUAUCAUUGAGACAGGAAGGAACAGCCCCAACGCAGGAUGUGACCCCCACUCAGUCCCCCUUCCAGAUUGACCCAGUGACACCCACCCCACCUGCUAAUCCCCCUCGGGAAACAUGGGGAGGAAAGUAUGAAUUCCUGCUCUCCUGUAUAGGCUACUGUGUGGGUCUUGGCAACGUCUGGAGAUUUCCCUAUCUCUGUUACCGCAAUGGAGGUGGGGCCUUCCUCAUCCCGUAUUCCAUCAUGCUGUUCUUCACUGGCAUCCCCCUCUUCCUCAUGGAGCUGAGCCUGGGACAGUAUGGAGCUGCAGGGCCUAUUACCGUGUGGAAGUGCUGCCCCCUCCUGAAAGGUAUCGGCAUUGGGAUGCUACUCGUGUCCUCUCUAGUCUCUCUUUACUAUAACGUCAUCAUAGCUUGGACCUUCUAUUACCUGGGACAAUCAUUUCAGAUGCCCCUGCCAUGGACCUGUGAAGCUAAAGAAUACUAUCAGCAGUGCCAGAACAUGUCCAGAAACGGAACUCACUUUAGUGCAACAGAAGCUUUUUGGAAUGAGAAGGUUCUUGGAGUUGUACACAGCUCAGGUCUCAGUGACCCUGGCCCUGUUCGAUGGGAACUCGCCAUCUGCUUGCUUGCAGCCUGGAUCAUCAUCUUCCUGUGUAUGCUAAAGGGAAUCCGCAGCUCUGGCAAGGUCGUGUACUUUACAGCGACCUUUCCAUACUUAGUGCUUGUUGUACUUAUAAUACGAGGUGCAACAUUAGAGGGCUCCAUAGACGGUGUGAGAUUCUACCUAACGGCCGACUGGAAACGGCUGCAGAGUGCACAGGUAUGGAACGACGCUGCCUCUCAGAUAUUUUACUCCCUAGGCAUCGGCUUUGGUGGACUGUUGUCCAUGGCUUCAUACAAUAAGUUUGAUAACAAUGUUAUAAGGGACACAUUGGUCAUUGCUAUUGGGAACUGCUGCACAAGCUUCUUUGCCGGAUUUGCAAUCUUCUCCAUACUUGGUCACAUGGCCUGGAAAAAGCGUGUGCCUGUUGGGGAAGUGGCAGAUUCUGGCCCAGGUUUGGCCUUUGUAGCGUACCCAGAAGCCCUUGCUCUGCUGCCUGGCUCAGUGUUCUGGUCCAUCCUGUUUUUCCUGAUGCUUUUCACCUUGGGAGUUGACACUCUGUUUGGUAACAUGGAAGGAAUCACUACUGCUGUGCUGGAUGAGGUCCCAUCCCUUCGGGAAUGGAAGAAAAAGACUGUUUUCCUGGGCGCACUAUGCUUCUUCUUCUAUCUGAUGGGUCUGUUGCUCAUCACAGAGGGGGGCAUCUACUGGUUCACCCUGAUAGAUGCCUACAGCACCAGCUUUGGACUAAUUAUCAUCACGCUUUUCAUGUGUCUGGGCAUUGCUUUCUUUUACGGUGUGAAUCAGUUCUGCCAGGAUAUCAUAGACAUGGUCUGCAGAUGUCCGCCCUGGUGCACCAAAUUCCUUCUGUACUUUAAGGCCUGCUGGGUAUUCUUCACCCCUGUCUUAUUGCUGUUUAUCCUGUUCUAUAUCUUCCUGGAGAUGUACAACACGCCUCUGCGGUACGGGCACUAUGAGUACCCCCGCUGGGGGAAGGCGCUGGGUAUCUGUAUGGGGGCCCUCUGCUGCCUUCAGAUUCCUAUCUGGGCUGGAGUGGCCAUCUUUAAAGAGUCUGGGACACUGAGUGAUAGAUUCAAAAAUUCUAUCCGUCCUUUAAACUCCUGGCGCACCUCGAAUGGUCAGCGGGAACAGAUCAGUGGGAUCAUAGAUGUCCCCUACACUGUCAACCUGACAGAUCAAGACUUCAAUGACCCAGUGUGGCAGACAGGGGGCAGCAGUGAGGCCUGAUGGGAGAGAUUAUUUGACCCUAGGUGGAUAAUGGCACCUGGGGCAAGGAAAGUCUGAGAGACGUAAACGGAUGGCACAAGACACCUUGCACUUUCAGGACAAAUACCUCAUAUAGUAAAGCAAUAACCAAGCCAAACCCAGGAAUACGCAAGACAAGACUUUAGAGAGCUGGCUGACAUCAUUGUAUGGUCAGGCACCACAUUGUACAGCUGUGCCAAGCCCAUGAGAUGGUUUGUGUAGAGUGACACCUACAGUGAUGACCCUAGGCCAAGAUAAAUGACUGUUUCCCAUCAGCUGAUCCAUUGUGACUCAUAGACAAUUACGUCCUCUUGGUGUUUUGAGGACAGACGUGGGCAUUAGUCUUCUGCGCUGCUGGCUCACUGGUCUCCUGACCCUCAGGACUGGGCACUUGUAAUGUCCCUCAAAACAAAUCUCAAGUUGAUCCAGGAGCAGAACAGAUGUAAAAUUGCUCUUCCGAUUUGUUGCUAAGGUUAAUCUGGGGCAUUUUUACACUGUAUGUGCCAAACCAAAGCACAGUGAGUUGUCUGUAUACUGUCAUCAGCCCCUAAGUAUGGGGGAGGUAUAGAGUAACAUUACUGGGGUUUUAAGCAGCAAAAUACUGUCUACUACCUCUAAGGUCUUCGUACUUCUAAGUACCUUUUAAAGGGACUUUAAACUCAAAGUUUCAUUGUCCAUAAAAUGUAUAAUAAUGUGCAGUAAACAAACUUUUUUUUCAAUAUUACUUUUAUUAUUUAUUGUGCCUGUAAUUUACCUCUGAAAAAAGCGGUUCUACUACCAAAGAGAUUGUAGCGGAUCCUGCGGACUUCAAAACUCUAACUCUGCUACAUCUCAACCAGCACCAGCAGUUGUUUGAUUAAUGCAGAAUCUCAUUUGUAUCUGCCCCUAAAUAGCCACAAAAGAAGAAACACAAUUAACAUACUAUAGAGGCUUUUCAAGUGGUGUCUCCCUGGUCUGCAGAACAAAUUUAAGCAACCAGUAGGUCUGCAUGCACAAUUUAUGUAUUUUAUAUAAGUUGUCAUUUUGUUAAAUGGACAAUCUAGUCAAAAUUAAACGUUAUGCUCACUCCUGUGAAGUUA